UCACGUUCCAUCGGUUUUCCCGUAGUAUCAUGGCAAUGGGCGAAAUUUUUCCUCCUACUCCUGUCAGUAGAGCAUCAACAUCGGUCGGAUAUGGACGUGAAUGGAGUUCGCUUCUCGGUGUGGCAUACAGCGUAGAGUAGGCCUUUGUAAAUUGGCACAGCUGGAAUCUGGCUUGCUACGAUAAGGUGUUGAACAAAUGGAAUAAUCCCACAGCAGUUUGUUCAAUUAGCAGAAAUGUGCUUACAAAGUGAAUUGAAAUCGGUCGAAACCGAGAAAGGUGUUAGAUUAAUUCUUUUAUUCAGUCAUCAUGGUAUUCCGUUCAGUUGUGAACGAUUGGAAAAAAUGCAUGGCAGUGCUGUACAUCGAUAUGAUACAUAGAGGAAAAUACUGCGCUUGCUAUUCUUUCCGAUGAAGAUUUCUUGAGCCCUUUUGAACUAUUAAAAGAACCUCGGAGGUCAAAAUGCAUGUGAGAAAAAUUACCUCAUCGAAAAUAAAACCAAUUAUCGAUCCUCAUACCGCUCAAGUGAGCACUAGUUCAAGUGAAAAGUGUUUGCUCUGUCUGCUACUUCAUAAUGGGUAACAAUGGAUGUUUGGAAAACCCUUCCAGAGAGAAGUCAAAGUUCAUGAUAUAAAAACCGUGAAUAGAAGGACUUGCGAAUGCAAGUAGCCAAUUUGAUGAAGUUUUAAAAAUGUUUUGUUUUAUAAUCAUUUCGAGUGAUUCUUAAACGAUGUAUGGCUAGUAUUAGAAAAGAUGAAGAUGAAACGAGCAUCGAAGAAAACCAUUAUAAUCAUGAUAAUUAGCAAUGUCCUUUGAAGAAAGAAAAUUUAAUAAUUAUUGUCGCUUCGUCGAUCCUUUUUUCACUGUAUACACGAUAAAGAGAAAAUGUCAAAAUGAAAUUUCGCCUCCAUGUAAGUGUGUUGGUGCCAAUGAAAGUGCUCAAAGAAGAAAGGUGUGAAAACAAAGUCAUGUGCAGCCCGUAAUAUUUACAACGAUAUACCAUCGCCAGUACCGCCCACCACCCACCGCCUACUGUUCCACAGCAAGGGAGGCGACAAAACAUAACAGCCAUCAUAAUUCCACCAGUGCCAAAAUUCGUCUACGCUGAUUACAUGAAAACAGCAAAAAUGGCACGAUAUUACCGAUUUCAGUCGUGCUUGCGAUAAUAUGGAAUGGAUAACUGAUCAUAAAUUGUGUCGCCCUUUGUCAUAACAGCAUCGGUUUUUGUCCAUUCAACCGUAACACGAGACACGCAUUCAAGUGCGUCCAUUCAUAGCUCCAUCGAAGACAAUCAUCGUGUCAAUCAACGCCAUCGACAUCCAUCAUUCAUCUGUCGAAUUCGGACAACCAAUGCAGCAUAACAUGGACGUUAAAAUAAGACAAACAAAAAAUAUGAACUCACAUUAAUUGCAAAGCAUUGAAUAUUUUAAUUUUUGUGAGCUUUGUUCAGUGAACAGUUAACAUUGCUGAGUGAAAAAAUACGAAAGAUAUGAUUGAAAAUGCAACGAUGAAAAAUUGCUCAAUUCGUAAAAUCAGUUGCAAUGGUCAAAUCCGAUCAACGUCUUGCACCGUUCCAUUCGUAAAACUGGAUGCCGAACUAUUGCACUAUUUUCACUACACUGAAUGCUGUGUACUGCGAUACUCCUGACAUGAGUUCACUACUAAGUUCUCUGAAAAAUUUUGCCAUUGGUGGAAACACGAACAACAACGGAAAUCAUAUAUCUACAGAACUUAACUGCUAUCAAGUGAUCGAUUCAGAUGAAGUACCGUUGAGCAUCUCACCACCACCACCUCCACCUCCGUCGACGUCUACAUCCGAUCAUAAUCUCAAGAAAAUGGGCAUCCCGGAUUCACAAUCCGAUUUUAAUCAAUGGCUUCACGCUAUGAAGAUGGUGGCACGCCUUCCCGGUGGAAUGCCCCCAGAGUUCCGGCGAAAGCUUUGGUUGGCAUUGUCGGACAGAUAUCUCAAGAGCAAAGGAAUCAAUUGGGAAGAGGAAGGUGAAAAAUAUUUGACUGACCAAUGUGAUGAAGAUGACGAAGAGCUGGGAAUUCAAAUUGUUAAGGAUCUCCAUCGCACCGGAUCCAGCCUAUGUUCUGGCCCUUCGGGAACAAUCAACCAAGCCAAACUGAAACGAGUUUUACUGGGAUAUUCUCGGUUCAAUCCAGAAGUCGGCUACUGCCAGGGUUUCAACAUGUUGGGCGCACUAAUAUUGCAGGUUAUGGACAAAAACGAAGCCGAUUCUAUCAAAGUGAUGAUAUUGUUGAUAGAAGGUCUCCUCCCGGCAGGAUACUUCUGUGGCUCGUUAGGAGGGCUGCAGGCGGACAUGGCAGUGUUUCGGGAUCUCCUAGGUACACGCUUACCAAAGCUAGCGCGUCACCUGCAGAAACUGCAGGGCCCUGAAGGGGCUUUCGAACCACCACUGACAAAUGUCUUCACAAUGCAAUGGUUCCUUACGCUGUUUUGCACUUGCUUGCCAAUCAACUCUGUUCUGCGAAUCUGGGAUCUGAUACUGAUUGAGGGCAGUGAUGUCCUGUUACGAACGGCGUUGGCUAUUUGGGGCUUACUAGAAAGCCGAAUAUUACUAACAAAAACUGCUGACGAUUUCUACUGCAAAAUGGGAGCACUAUCAUCCGAACUAGUUAAUGGAAAUUUGAUCGACUGCAACGGCCUAAUACAGCGAAUAGUAGACAUCGGUCCGAUUCAGGAUUUACAAAAAUUACGAGACAAACAUCUCAACAAUAUCUCCCAGUUGAAAGACUCCUCCAAUCUCAGAAUUUUUUACUCUGACGAUGAGGGUGAAUCUGAUGAGGACUCUCGCCUGGCUGUUACUGCUACUGCGUGGGGCUUAAGAUCUGGUAGACGAGCCUCACUAGGAAUACCAUCGAAUUUGAGAGGUGCCAGUGAAGGAAAGGAAAAAAUCAACCUUGACAUUUCACUGCUGAAGAAGCAAUACGACAAACUGAGAGAACGACAACGACAAGCACAUAUCAUCUUGUCGGCGGCCGUGGCAAGACAACCGGCGUCAGGUUCUCCAAACAGCAAUUCAUUACAGGUCAAUCAACUACUGGUUGGAAAAAGUGCCAUUCUUAGUAAUAAAGGAAAGCGACUUGGGCCACCACAAGGCGCAGUGCCCCCCAUACGAAUGCAAAAAACUGGCAAAUCCUCAAAAGGUGCUCCAAAGUCACCCAAGCCAACCGAAACCCUUCACUGGAAAGAUAUGGACGAAAAACAGCGAAGGGGAAGCUUGAAGUGGAAGGAUACGAUCAAGGAUAGCAAGCCGCCACUUGUAAAAGAUGAUUCGGAUAUUCUGAAACCGGAUUCCCCAAAGCUCAAGAAAUCAUCCAGUGCAUCAUCAGCCAUCAGCAACCUGUCAGAGACUGGAUCUUCGUCUGUCGGAGCAAAACGACGCAGUGAAUCCUCCUCAUACAGUGAAGAAUCUGAUGCUGACUCGAGCACCAGUACAUCACUUUGUGACGAUGAUAAUCAACUGCUCAGUGCAUCUUCUCUGGAGGCUUCACCAAUGAAACGACGCCUAACGCCUGACAGUAUCAAAGAAGUGCCUGACGAAGAACAUUUGGUUGUGAUUUCUGAUGAUGCUCACCAUACGGAGUUCCCGGUUCUAGUCGAUUUGCCACGCAUCGAAGCUACUCUACCGGAUAUUGCUGAGGAGAGUCAUUCUGAGACACAAAGCAGCUCAAACGAAAUUAAACCCUCAAUUAGUACACUAGAUAGCCAAAUUAAGGAAUUAAAGGAUCGUCCAGAGAUAUUAAAACGCGAGCAAGAGCUAGAUCUUAGUUAUGGAGAGAAUAGAUCUCUGUCAAUUGCUAUUACCAGUACUAGUCAACUGUCUCCAAUUCCCGAUAUCACUCACUACAUAAGCAUUUCGACCAUUAGUCCUUUGAGAACUCCAUCCUCUAUAAUGGACUACUCAGACUACCUUAACAAUAUACCUAGCGAUAAUACAAUAACCGGUGAUAUCGUGGGAGCAGACUCCAAAAAUGACGAAUCAUUCAAUGUAGAUGAGAAAGGAGUGACUAAUCAAUUAUUUGAAAGAAUUAAUGCAGCGGAAAGGCCUAACCAAUUGGACUUGAACGUUAUUAAGGAGCGUAAAGUUAGCGAAUCUUUAGUUAAUACUACGGAAAGUGUGCUGGACCACAGUGACGCUACGUCAAAACUAGACAAUUAUAGCUUUACAAAUGUUUCCAAUCGAUCUUCAAUGUCUUCAUCGUUCGUAUUAGAGUUACCCGUAAGAAGUAGUUUUCAACAUGAUUCACCACUAUUACCACCAAACACCGAUCUCUCGAUAAUUCCCUCGGAAAAGUCCCCAAUAAUUCAUAAACCACCUAAAUAUCAAAUUGCAGAUACUAUCACUCCAUCUCCAAAAGAAUCCCCAGAAGAAGUAGACAAAUAUCUUGCCAGUCGUAUAAAGUUCUUGAAGGAGAAAUCUUUUUCCAUGGAUGAUCCAAUCAAGGGAGAUGACGUGUAUCUUGAAGACAUCUCAAAGCGGUCAGCUUCGGAAGGCCUCGUAUCAGCUGAAAUCAACUGCUACAAAAGCAACAAAAUGUCGGAGAUUAUAAAAGAAAACUCACUUAUUUUAGGGCGCAUUAUCAGGAAAUCCAACCAAAUGGAAGACAGUCAAACAGAAGACACGUUACAGCUGAAAGACAAACCUGUUGAAAGUUGUAAUGAAUCUCCAAGCCCACAAGACGAUGACGAGACCAUUGAUCCCAAUUUGGCUCAAGAAGUUAAUGAAUUAUUAGAGAAAAUAAAAGCUAAAACAAAUCCAGAGCUGUGCGUGGCCAUGGAAAAUGAAGAAAUUAAGCAUUCCACAAAUACUUAUCUGGUCGACUCUUCUGAACUUCCGAUAAACUGUUCAAGUGAUGCGAUCACAAAAUCUGAAGAUACGAAUUUAUGCCAUAAAGAUGAACAGAAUACCAUGGACCUAACACUUGCUAAACUAAAUAGCAUUCCAUCCGGGGAUGUUGAUCCCGAAAUGGAAUCUAAAAACUCAAGAGCAAUAUCAAAAACCGAUCUCGUAAUCAAACGCACAGAAGAGCAGCUGGCCCGUUUCAAAGAACCGGAGCCCACGUUUUAUGUUAGAAAAGACAACUUCAGAGAGAUUAUUACUCCCGAGGAAGAGAAAAAUUCAUCUGCUACUAAAAUACCGGAAGAAGUUACCCAUAGCUCAACGGUCCAUGUACCGAACACAAUUACCCCAGAUAAAAUGGAAUCCAAACAACAAAACGCAGAAACACAAAACCAAAUACAGGUGAACAUCGACGUCAGAGAACGAUCCAAAUCGCCUGAAGAGUUACUCAUGCCAAUGGCAAACGUCGAGUCUCUCUCGCCAUCCAAAACAGAUGAGUUGAUCAAGAAAACAGAGGAACAACUAGCAAGAUUCCGAACCGACAGAAAUGUUUUAGAGAAACUUGAAAAACGCCUGUCACUAAUAGAUUUUAAGCUAGAAGAUGUACCUAACACAGUAGCAAUGGAGAGAAAACCUCCUACUAAAGCUGAGGAAGUUAUAAAAAAAUCAGAGGAACAAAUCUCUCGCAUAAAAAAUGAGAUACCAUUCAUAGCAAAAAAGUCUCCGACUAGAAUAGCAGUGGAUGAUUCGUUGAUCCCAGAAACCAAAUCUGUCAUAUGUUCGUCAAAGACUGAGGAAAUCAUAAAGAAGACCGACGAGCAGUUAGCAAGGUUCAAAGCAGCAGCCGAAAGCAACGCUGAAAAGCGGAAGAGUCGUCACGAGAUUGAUGAGUUAUUGCAACAGAAGUUCGAGUCUCCUUUGUCUAGCAGCCAUUCGCAAGACAGCAUCAAAUUUGAUGAUAUUUCAAUACGUGAUUCGGAAGAGGCAGUCAUCAUUAAACAUGCUCAGGCCGAAAUUUUGAAAACCAUCAAGAUUCCAGAGGAGGUGAAAAGUUCCAAAACAGACGAAAUUAUUCGGAGAAUUGAAGAUGGAAAGCUUAAGCUUGGAGAUGACUACAUUACUACGAUAAAAACAAUCGAUUAUCUUAAGCAGUCAAAUGCCAAUUUAUCGGCUACAUUAUCCUCAAUUGAAAGCUCUAUCAAAGCUAUUGAUGGACUCUGUGAUCACGACUCGGACAUUCAGUCCAAUCGAAUUAACGAUACUAUCGACAAUCUAGAAAAGUCCUUGAAACAAUUCGAUAACAUAAGUUCCGAACCCCCGCUUGUAAUGGUCCACGAUUACUCGACCAGUCCGCAUGAAAGCCGUUGUAGACCAGCUGCAACUAACAGACCAAGCAGGCCUCGUAAACGAAAAGAGUAUUCUCCAAGGCGGAAAAAGGAGAAAGACCGUGAUGGAAAGCCUCAUAGCGCGUACCGAAAGGAGCCCGAAUAUUGCGAAUAUUCUUCAGAUAACCAAUCGGCAGAUCGAGAGUCACCCAAGACCUACACUUAUCAUUCGUACUACAGCACUUCACCCCCAACCACACCCAGAGGCGUAUCCCCAGUUAAAAAAGAGUCUGAACCCGCGGAAGUUAUGCGGCCAUCAUCAUUUAAAAGUAUAUCGCAUGAUCGAUACCUUCUACAGCGGGAUACACAACUGAUAAAAUUCGACAAAUCUCCAUCGUCGCCAAUCAUCAACAAAUCAUAUCUGGAGUCACUGAAACCCGCGACUCCAAUCGCUUCGGGACGUACCACGCGAUCAGCUGAAAACUCUCCACCCUUCCAUCAGCAACAGCCACAGCCUGCUUUUCCUGCAAUUGCUCCUCAUCACCAAGUAGGCGUGUCCCAUGUAAGUUCCCUGUUGAGGCAUCAAAUCGGACACGACGGAGAGAACUCCCACAUUAAAAGUUGCGAAAACCUCCUCAUGCGAUUCGACUACAAAAAUAUAUCGGCCAUUGCUGCCAGUUUUCCGGUGUCCAGUGGUGCCCUUUCCCCGUCGCCAACGAAAUUCCGUAGUUUGGACUUUAAGCACGAUGCUGCGCUGAAUUUCAGUCUAACCUCGUCGCCAAAUAAAACAUUGAACUAGACUAAACGUAUCGUGUGUAGGCCAGUUGAAUGUAGUGUAAAAAACUGUUUCCUCUGUGAUAUAAGACUAGCUAUUAGAAUUUACGUGCCGCAUGGAGUUUUAAUCUUACAAAUUCGGUUACAACUGGACGAAGAUAGGAUAACUUGACGGUUUAAAUCUUAGUGACAGGCUCAGCAGUUGAUUUAAAUGGUUAUUGAUGAUUAACUGCAAACAGCCAACCCAUUCGACGAUUUCCAAACAAGUUUUCUCAAAUAUUUUCUUCUUUUGGGUUCUUACCGGUAUACCGCGGUGCUCCAAUCUCGCCUUUGAGGAUAAAAGUGUGUGAUUUCUUUAGCUGUAUCGUGUCUUGCUUUUCUAGAGAACUGCUUGAAAUGUAGUCAUAAAGUUUAAAGGUUGCACUAUGGGGUAUUCCCAUACAAGCAGGCGAACAAAAAUAUUUUUAUCAUAUUUUCGAGGAUUUGUUAGUUUUCUGUAGUCGGUUCGGCCAAAAGGUUUUGUUAAUGAACAUUUUUAAACAUCUCGAUUGAAUUUGUUUGGAUUUGUUUUAAAAAUGAAAAGGAAUGUUUAAAAUGUUGUGGAUUUACUUCGAAAUAGAGUUCCAAGAGAAUUUACUUAGACUGUUUGAGAAUCAUCGUUUAAUCUCAAGGGGCGUUCCCAUGCAAGAAAAGAACGCUGAAUCUCCCAAGACUGCAAUUCACCGCAACAUUGUGCAAUGAAAACUUGACCAUGAUGAAAUUUGAAUUUCAUAUCUUUUUCAACUUUUUCUUCGUAUUUUGCCGCUUUCCUUACAAUUGUUUAACUAUUUCACAAAACCACCGGCCGCGUAAAUGAAAACUGCGUAAAAAAGACCUGACUGUAGGAUGGAAAUGGGAGCGUGAGAUUUCUGAUGGCACACAUACCCUACUUUCUGAAGCAUUUGAUUUUUGGUGAGGUGUUUUUUUUUCAGCCAUUAUUUAACAGGAUAGACGCUGUUUCAAGCGCAUCUUUCAACAGCCGUUUAUUCAAUUGCUGAGCUCUGUUAAUUUAAUCUAAAACAUCAUUUUAAGGAAAACAUAAUCCACACUUGAAUCGUUAGUACAUUAAAUAGAUUGAUCAUCUUAUGAAUACAUGAUAAAUCAAGCCACUUUGUGUAACAAGCGUGAAGAUAUACCAUUCACCUAUUGCAACAUGGUGGGACGAUACAUACAGAAUUGUAGAUAUGACACUCGUAACCUAUAACAACUUGUGACGCAGAGAUUUCAAAACGAUUGUUUACUAUUGCCGCGAACAUGACAACAGCUUUACCGUUACUUCAUUUUCCCCUAAUACAGAACAAAGAGUCGUGUAGCAUUUGUAACAAUACAAACUUACAUUAAUGAGGAACGAAUUUAAGGUAUUUAUUGUGCAAAUGUGCAUUAUAUAUGGCAUUGUGUUAAGAAAAAUAGUUACAUCUGUAUUGUUCACAUUUAUUGCAAAUUAAGAAUGUUUCGUAAGUGAUUAUGUUUUGUAAUUGAACACUGAAAUCGAAAAUGGCUGCGUAUGAGACGCAAAUGUACUUAAA